AUGAGGGAGGAAAGGAGCGACGAGGCGGAUGCGGGAAGCAUGCAUGAGCUAAAUGGCGACGCGCCGGAGUUGACUGCGCAGUAUGGGCGUAAGACGAAGAAGGUGAAGAGAACGAAGAAGAGGAAGGCCAAUCCUGCCUAUCCUGCCGAGCACGGCCUGUACGACAGCAGAAACGAAAAGGACGCGUGCGGAGUGGGGGUCGUGGCGGACAUCAAUGGGAAGAGCUCAAGGAGUGUUAUCCAAAAGGCAAUGCAAAUCCUGCUCCGACUGAGUCAUAGAGGAGGAGUUCAAUCGAACAACGGAGAUGGAGCGGGAAUUCUGGUUGGCAUACCACAUGACUACUUCCAAAUGUUAAGUGACACAUGUCAGUUGCCAUUUCUGCUGCCUGAAAAAGGAGACUACGCAGUUGCGCAGAUAUUCUUGCCGCAUAAUGAAGAAAGGAGGUUAUUUUUAUACCAUGAAAUUGAGAAGGAAGUGUAUAACAAUGGGUUGGUAGUGCUGGGCUGGAGAUCGCCAAUCCCAGUUCGCAGUGAUGUAAUUAGUGCUGUUGUGAAAAAGAGUGAGCCGUUCAUAGCUCAAAUGUUUGUAUGUAAAAGGUCGGUAUUUAAAAAUUACGACGAUUUUAAUAUUUACCCCUUUUCGGAUAUAGACUUCACAGAUGAUAGCCACUUGAAUUUGAGCACCUUGCCGGAUGAUAUAGAACUGCUAGCCUUUUUUAUAAGAAAAAAAUUGGUCAGGCAUAACGACAUGUAUUUUUGCAGUUUCUCCUCAAGGACGAUUGUCUACAAGGGGUUGCUAACCCCUUCGCAGAUUUAUCUCUACUUUGAGGAUUUACUAAGCGAACAGUUUACCACAUACCUGGCAAUGGUCCACGUGCGCUUCUCGACGAACACGUCCCCCACGUGGUAUGCCGCGCACCCAUUCAGAAGAAUCUGCCACAAUGGGGAAAUCAACACCAUUAGUGUAAAUUCGAUUUUAUUCCAAGAGAGGAUGCAGCUAGCCAAAGCUCCCAAUUCGUUCAAGUCAGUGUCCAUCAAAGAUUUGAGGCCCAUAAAUGAAGAGAACUACGUUAUAUACGAUAACGAUGAUGAGAUUAUUGAAAAGAGGGACACCUUUGAAGAUAUCAUGUUGACCAAAAAUAGACUGAAGAAAAAAUCCAGGAGGAGAUUACUCCUCCGGUUGAAGAGGGACUUCACAUACAACAGCUCAGCCAUCCAUUACAAAAUAAAAAGGGAGUAUAUGAAUUCUGACAUUAACAGCAACUCUGAGUUUCUUAGCAAUGUGAAUGAAGUUUCUGGUAGCUCGUCCGACGAUUCAGAGGAUCUCUCAGAUAAGGAUGAGAGUGCUGCUGGUCCUUCUAGACGAGUUAGGGAGAAGAACGUCUCUUCGCACAUCUGCAGGAGUGAGAAAAGCUUCGGGCACGUGGUGAAGACGCAACUGAAACAUGGAGAGUCUCGGAAAACCAAAGGCGCUAUUAGCUACCCGUCUGACUCCUCCCUCUUCGAUAACGCCAUCGACUUUUUGACCAUGGCGGGAAGAGAAAUAGAGCACGCAAUUAUGAUGCUAAUGCCAAGGGCAUAUCAAAAGGACCCAAAUAUAACUCCACUGGAAAAGGCCUUUUACGAAUACCACACGUGUAUGAUGGAGCCGUGGGAUGGGCCUGCAUUGAUCAUCUUCACUGAUGGGAAUAAAGUAGGCGCUUCGUUAGACAGAAAUGGGUUAAGGCCCGCCAGGUACAGCAUCACCAACUAUGGGCUAUUCGUUCUGUCUAGCGAAACGGGUGUCGUCGAUUUGGCAUAUGAUAAAAUUACCCACAAGGGGUGUGUAUACCCUGGGAAGGUCGUCCUAAUCGAUUUUAAGGAAAAGAAAUUCCUGAGGCAUGAAGAGGUGCUCAGCAAAUUUCUGAAGGAGAAGCCGUACAAGAAAUGGCUAGACCAUUACUCUAUUCACUUGGACCAUAUUAUCAAGCCGGCGUCCAACCUGGAGAACAUACGAAUGAAUGCGUAUAAGUAUGGAGCCAUACUCAAUAAGGAAUGCUCCUAUGGGGGCAAAGAAGUGGAGGAAGCGGACGAUUUGGAUGACCCCUACGAUGAGUCAUUAAUUAAAAAGUUAAAAGCCUUUGGGUAUACGUAUGACGCGUUCAAUAUGAUCAUCUCCCCCAUGGUGAAGCAUGCCGCCGAUGGACUUGGCGCAAUGGGAAAUGACACCGCCUUUCCCUUUUUAAGUUAUUUACGGAGAAACCUGCUGUACUACUUUCAGCAGACGUUUGCACAGGUGACCAACCCGGCCAUCGACCCAAUAAGGGAAGAAAACAUCAUGUCGCUUAUGAGUACCUUGGGGAAGGAAGGGGAUAUCCUCCAUUCCACCUACACGAACUGUCAGCGCAUAUUUAUUAAUGGCCCCAUUCUGAACGACGCCCUUUACAACAUGCUGCUCCAGUUGCCUGACUUCCCUCACAUAGUGAUCGACAUGACGGUCGAUUUGAGCAAACUGGAAGCGCUCAUGUCAGGCGAAUCGGCGGACGAAAUCAAAUUUGAUGUGGUCAAAAGUGUAUCCUCUCCAAAGAGGAGUUUCCACGCGGAGGUUAGCAGCGGCUACACAUUCAAGCUGGAUGACUACAAAGCGAAGCAUAACAAGGAAGAUUCAAAUAAAAUGAAAAUAAAAAAUAACAUCGUUUCCAAGUAUUUAAUUAAAUUCAUCGAUAGUGUAAAUACCAAAGUUGAGAAUGCUGUCAGGCGGGGGAGCCAACUGAUUGUCCUCUCACACAGCAACAUAAACGAAAAGAGAGUCCCCAUCUUCUCCAUCCUAAUUGUUGGCGCGUUACAUAAGUACCUGUUAAGUAAAAAUUUAAGGACAAAGUGCUCCCUCAUAGUUAAGGCAGGGGACUGCUUCGAAAUCCACCACUUAGCAGUGCUGCUCUCAUUCGGGGCCGAUUGUAUAUACCCCUUCAUCCUAUACGAAAGCUUGCGCUUUAUAAAGUAUGGAGAUAAUGAAGCGAGGCUGAGCAACCAGCAAAUGAUUAGCAACUACAGACAUGCAGCAAACUAUGGGAUACUAAAAAUCAUGUCGAAGAAUGGAAUUUCCACUCUCCCUAGUUACAAAGGAUGUGGGUUGAUGCAACCGUUGGGGAUAUCCGACGAGAUUUUAAAAAAAUGCUUUAUCAAUGUGUGCGACUCGAUUAUCGGGGGAGUGACGUUCGAAUUUGUGGAGAAGGAAAUUCUGAAGAUGUUUUACAACGCCUACCCCAAGAGGAUUUUAACCCUCAACAUUAAGGACGCAACGGAGGAGCUCGAUGACUACGGGGAAUACCACUUCAGGAGCAUAGGAAACACCCAAAUACACAUGAACCAUCCUGAGACGAUCAGCUUGCUGCAGAAGGCAACGCGCACGGGGAACACAGCUACGUAUAAGAAGUACUCAGAGCUGCAAAAUGAACUUAUUAACCACUGUGAGAUUAGGGGUCAGCUGGAAAUAAAUUAUAAAAAGUGCCCCUCGUACAAUAAGAAGAAGAAAAAAAAUGAACCCAUAAACAUCCAGCUAGUCGAAUCCGUUAACAAAAUUUUACUCAGAUUUUGCACCGGCGCUAUGUCUUUUGGGUCGCUCUCUGAGGAGGCGCACAUCACGGUCGCCACAGCGAUGAAUAACAUGGGGCUGAAGUCGAACACGGGCGAGGGAGGGGAGGCGGAAGAUCGCAUUAGGAGGGAGCCCUCCGAAGGGAAUGGGUCAGGCGGGCCGAGUGGGCCAAGCGAACCCAACACCAACUCGGCGGUUAAACAAAUCGCGUCCGCCAGAUUCGGCGUCACCGCGUACAGCCUGGUGAACGCCCAGGAGCUGCAGAUAAAAGUGGCCCAGGGAUCGAAGCCCGGGGAGGGGGGAGAACUGCCAGGAUACAAAGUCAGCGCGAAAAUUGCCUCCGUGCGUAGAAGCACCCCAGGUGUUGGCUUAAUUUCUCCACCGCCACACCAUGACAUGUACUCCAUUGAGGAUGUGGGCCAGCUAGUCUAUGACCUAAAGAAUAUAAACAAGGAAGCCAAAAUUUCUGUAAAACUAGUUUCGAAGCUGGGAAUAGGUGUGAUAACCUCCGGAGUGGUGAAAGGAAAUUGCGAACAAAUUUUGAUUAGUGGCAUGUCCGGUGGGACGGGGGCAUCCAAGUGGACUUCCAUCAAACAUGCGGGUCUCCCAUGGGAAAUCGGAUUAGCAGAGGCGCACCAAACGUUGUGCAAGUCAAAAUUGAGAAAAAGAGUUAUCCUACAAAUUGAUGGGCAAUUAAAAACAGGGAGAGACGUCAUCUUAGGUGCACUACUCGGUGCAGAAUCUUUUAGUUUCUCGACCCAACCGCUAAUUGCCUUGGGGUGCAUUAUGAUGAGGAAGUGCCACCUGAAUAUUUGCCCCGUUGGAAUAUGUACGCAAGACCCAGAGUUGAGAAAAAAAUUCGCAGGCAAACCAGAACACAUAAUAAACUUCUUCUUUAUGCUAGCGGAAGAGGUCAGGGAGUACCUGGCCAGCAUGGGGUUUAGGAAGUUUUCCCAAAUUAUUGGAAGGUCCGAUUUGCUGAAAAAGAAGGACCACUUGAAAUAUGACGAGAAGAGGAAGCUGCUGGACUUCUCCAAGCUGCUGUUCCCUGGGUGGAAAUACUACGCAGAAGAGGAAAUGAAGGAUGAUGUGAAGAAAAGGUACAACAAAAAUGCCAACGAGAAGAAGAGGCAAGUCGGUGGAAGCUCUCUCUACUCUGGUUCUAAGUACAAAGCAGGGGGGUCGCUCACCCCGGGAGUGAACAACGCGCUGGACAAAAUGAGAAGGAAACAGGUGCUCAUAAAUGAAAAUUACAACACUGUGCAAAAGUACGAUGUGGUUAAGAGGGCGGACGAGGGAGGAGAGGAGCACACGGACGGGGUGAACCACGCGGGGGAGACGUGCUCCUCGGUGGGGGAGUACGACGAGGAGGCGGAGGAUGAGAAGGAGGACGGGGAGGACGAGGAAGAAGAGGACGACGAGGAGGAGGAAGAAGUAGAAGAGGAGGACGACGAGGAAGAAGAAGUAGAAGAGGAGGAUGAAGAGGAUGACGAGGGCGAAGUCACCGAAGAAGCGAACCCGAAUGCCCCCGAACAGCUCGAUGACGCAAACCAACUGAACGGCUCCCUCCACCCGCGCGGUGCGCAGGCCGGCCAAGGCAAAAGGGAGAAGGCCAAGAGGAGACCAACCCCGCUGUGCGAAGAAGAUGACAUAAACCAGGAGUAUUCCAAAGGUGAGAGCAGCAAACGUAACGUUGCGCUAAGCGAACGGGGUGCCCACAACGCCACGGUGUGCACCGCCAAGAUGAUGAGAAAGCGAAUGAACGGGAAGAAAACGCACUCGAAGAAGGAACCAAAACCGAUGGCCAUAUUCUGCUGCGAAACGCAGAACCAUAAGCUGUCGGACAUCAUUGAUAGGGAACUCAUAAGAAGGUCGAAGAUAGCACUGCUGAAUUGCACCCCUGUGAAUAUAAAGAUGCCCAUAAAGAAUACGGACCGAGCAGUGGGAGCCAUGUUAAGUUACCACAUCAUUCAGAAAUAUGGGGAACCAGGAUUACCCAUGGAUACUAUCAAAGUGAAGUUCAGAGGAACAGGAGGAUUAUCCUUUGGAGUAUUCCUAACAAGCGGUGUGAACUUUGAGUUGGAAGGAGAUGCAAAUGACUUUGUGGGGAAGGGUCUCUCAGGUGGAAUCAUAUCUGUGCAUUUCCCCAAAACGUCUUUAUUCAUAAAUGACUGUCAAAAAAACAUGAUUGCAGGGAACUCCGUUCUGUAUGGUGCAACAAAGGGGAGAGCCUUUUUCGCGGGAAGAGCUGGGGAAAGAUUUGCCGUUCGUAAUUCUGGGGCCAUAGCAGUCGUGGAAGGAGUGGGGUGUCACGGGUGUGAGUACAUGACGAAAGGGAUAGUCGUUGUGCUCGGCGAAAUUGGUUGUAACUUCGCUGCAGGGAUGAGUGGAGGAAUAGCAUACGUCCUAGAUAUUAAUAAAAAAAACGUGAAUCACCAAAUGGUAGAUUUGAAGGUGUGCAAAACGAUGGACGAAAAAAUGACGUUAGAAAAGUUACUGCAUGAGCAUUACGAAAGGACCAAUUCGUAUACAGCCAAAGUGUUGCUGCAAAAUUUUGAUGAGAAUCUCCACCGGUUUACCAAAAUCAUCCCAAGAGAUAUCAAACGAGUGCUAACCGAAGCGUGCAUCGAAUUUGUGAAAACAGGAAAUGAAGAAGCCGCAGCAAUUUUGGACGACUGGGCUUCUCUCCUUAAGAAUGUUGACCAGCCAGAAAACAUGUAUAAAAAGGCCAUGCAGUUUUUCACCACCAUUUCGGAUGACAUUUCUGGAUUGCCAAAGACGCUAGCUUUGAGGAAUGUAGAUGGGCUAAUCAUAUAUGAUAUUUUACAAGACAAUCAUAGUAGGAAAUUAUUAACGGUGAGGAAUUACCCCCCUGAAUUGAAUUCCACCCAAGGCAGUGAACAACUGCAAGGGCAGGUGAAGAAGAAGAAAAUUUUUGACUUUGAAGGAUUCAUUCACAAUUUAGAAAUUUGCAGAAAAAAUAAUCGAAAGUGGAGGAGGUUUGCAGAAAUUCCCUUCAAGUGUAACGCCUUUGUAGAUUUUAAAAAUAUUUUCCCAAAAAGGUUGGAUGAAAAGUCUAAGGAAAUGAUAAAGAAGUAUAUCCUGAAUGAGAAGUACCUGCUCGAUCUUCACCUCAAAUCUUUAAAUUCGAAUUCCUUUAUUGACAGUUUGAUUGAUAGGGACGAGGGGGAUGACUACAUGAACAUGAGUCAGAAGCAGAUCAGCCCCAAUGUGUAUUCUUUGAAAAGUUUCCUUUACGCAAAUGAGAAAGGAGAGGGGAGCGCCAAGGAUAACCAGCAUGCCGUUAGAUCUUCUGAGGGCGGGGGGAUAAGAGGCGCUUCUACCGCUUCGGCGCGCAGCGUGACUGGGGCCUCCGUCUCGUCCGUGGACCCCUCCGAGGGGAAGCCCACCCAGACGACCAUUUCUUUAGGGGCCACGGUGACCACCGCCCCACUCGAUGGGCCAAUCCCCGGGCUUGCCUCUGGCCCGAUCACCGACCCUAUCGCCGACCCUAUCGCCGACCCUAUCACCACCGCGUGCACCACGGCCACCUCCUCCCCGUCGAAGGACACGCGCCCCCCCGUGAGCAAGCUGAGCAUCACGAACACGCAGGGCAGCUACGAGGGGGAAGCCGCAGAGUCGGUCAUCCCGAGCAUGAGCCAGGCCAAGCCCUUCCUCGCGGUAAACCCGAAUAAAGUAACCGGCUUUAAGGAGUACGAGCGGUUAUCCCACCCGCUAAAGGAUAUCAGCAGUAGGGUGUUGGACUAUUCGGAGAUCAUCGUGCCGAUCAAUGCGAAAAGCAAACUGCAUAACCAGCUGCUAAAGACACAGGCCUCUAGAUGUGUGGACUGCGGAACCCCAACCUGUCAUUACCCUAACUCCAGCGGAGGAGGGUGUCCCCUAGGCAAUAGAAUUUUCGAUUGGAACAAUUUAAUAUACGAAAAUGAGUGGAAAAAGGCGCUGGAAAGAUUGCUAGAUACGAAUAAUUUCCCAGAAAUUACUGGGCGGGUUUGUCCGGCCCCUUGCGAAGAUGCUUGCGUGUUAAGCAUUAAUGAAAAACCAGUGUCGAUCAAAUUCAUCGAGCUGUCAAUCAUCGAAUGUGGAUUUUUAAAAAAAUGGAUUCAGCCAAUCAUCCCGCAUACCAGGACGGGGAAAAAGGUCGCCAUCGUGGGUUCAGGCCCAGCAGGGUUGACAGCAGCUCAGCAGUUGAAUAAGGCAGGACAUGAAGUGACCAUCUUCGAGAGGGAUGAAUAUUUUGGGGGCCUACUAAUGAAUGGAAUACCAAAUGUACGUUUGGACAAAAAAAUCGUAGAGAGGAGGUUAAACAUAAUGAGGAAGGAAGGAAUCAUUAUGAAGAACAACGUGAACGUAGGGACGGAUGUAACCCUAUCCGAGCUAGCCAAAAAUUUCGACGCAGUUUUGCUCUCCACAGGGUAUAAAGUCCCGAGAAAAUUAGACAUCCCAGGAUCGAAUUUAAACAAUAUUUAUUUUGCCAUGGAUUUUCUAACCACCUGCCAGAAGUCGCUCAUGAAAUCGGACCUCACAGAUGAUAACUAUAUAGACGUAUCUGAAAGGCACGUAAUUAUUUUGGGUGGAGGGAAAACUGCUGUGGAUUGUAUAAGUUUGGCCAUUCGAAUGGGAGCAGCUAGCGUUUUGCAAUUCACCAGGCAAGACAUUCCACCCAUGACGAGCACAGAAUAUUCGUGGCCAGGAGUGAAAAACAUUUUUAAGGUCGAUUACGCACAUGAUGAAGCGAUCAUUAUCCAAGGGAGGGACCCACGGGAGUUCUGUGUUAGGAGCUUAGAGUUCAUUCCCUCCAGUAAGGACCCCAAGAGGGUGUCUGGCAUUCGGGCCAUUAAGGUCAAAUUGAAGAAAGUCCCCAAGGGCGGGGAGGUGGAUAAGCGCGCACUGAUGCGGACGCCCUCCGCGAAAUCCGCGGCCGUCACCGUUGCCACGUCGAGCACCACCGCCGGAGUGGUCAGCAUGGCCAGCGGCAGUGGGGGGCUGCCCAAGAAGCAUCAGAAGCACCAGACGAAGUUGGGCAAAGCGAAGGGGCAGAAAAGUGCCUCCACGUGUGCAACUGGGCAGGCAUCGGGGGUGGCCACUUCGAGUACGUCGCCCACCGCCACAUGCACAUCCACAUCCAGCGGAACCUCCAGCGCGGCGACCAGCUCGCAUGCCUCCUCGCCGGGAAGCACGAACGACAUCAUUCAGAACUACCAAAUGACGAAGGAGCACAAGGAGUAUGCCGACAUCCCCUUCACCGAGCGGACCUACAAAGCAGACGUUGUUAUCUUGGCUUUGGGAUUUUCCAAGACGGAUGACUCCAUAUGGGAGAAUGACUCCAUUAAGAUCGAGCUGGACAAUUACAACUGUAUUAAGACCAAAAUUAAAACGUACCAGACGAACUACAAGAAGAUAUUUGCCUGUGGGGACUGUAGAGUGGGCCCCAAUACCGUCGUGCAGGCCAUAGCCGACGGCCGAGACGUCGCCGCCAAGAUCGAUGAGUUCCUCAUGAAUGCGGAGUCGAUUCUGCCCUCCUGCAACACGUACUAUUACUACCCCCCCAACUACAAGAGCGUGCCCUUUGGGUCAGCCCACUGGGGCUAA